AUGACACGGCCAAACGAGCCCGUAACCAACGUCUUGAUACCGUCAAAGUCUUCGAGGGCCGCCGUGUUCGUCGGGUUCUAUUUCCACUUCUCCUCGAAAUCCUCUUUGGCCUGGUCGAGGAACUCUUUGACGCUCUCGGCCGAGUCGAUUUUCUUGUUAGCCGUCGCGGCGUUGCCCAUCGCGUUCGCUUUUUUACCUUCCAGGGCUCCCAACGAACGAGUGGUCAUUAUAACUAACGUCGUUCAGCUGAUUUCAGUGCGCUGCGCCGAACGUCCACUGCACGGUCAACGCUAUAUUUUAAUUCGAAACCGUCUCUAUACUGUCGGGUUAAAUUUAAAGUCAAACAAAUAA